GCCCCGACGUCGCAUUCGCUCGUUCGCUUCGCCAAAGCAGGACACGAAAUCCCAGUCGUGAGGAUUGUUUUGUUUUUUUCCGAUUAAUAAUAUUUAUAUUCAACUGCUCGUUGGAUAUAAGACAUUUUUGAAUAAACAAAAGCGAGUGUGAAGAGAUAAACGAGUCACCGUGAGGGUCGUAAUUUGAACGUCCGGGAGGAUCCAGACACAUAAGAACAACCGAAAUAUUCAUUUCGCAAAGCAGCCAAAAAACUGUGGUCUUAACCCAAACCGAAGUUCUUAGACACCCCCGCGUGGCUCGACUAUUAUUUUUCUACGGUUUCGUCUCGAGACACACUUUUACUGUCGUCGUUUCGAAUCCGCUCUAUUCUCCGGCUCAGUUUUUCGUUGUCCUCGAUCGUCGCAAGAGCCAUUUUCCGGAAAUCUCAGGCAGUGAGACUCUCGUUCAUCUUCUGGAAGAAAACGAGUUCAGGCCCUUGGCGUCGCGACCAUUUUGACGAAGCAGCCCGCGAUACUCAGCCGACUUUUUCUCGCUUUAACGAGAGAACCCACGGAGGCACGACUGCUCCAAACGAAGCUCCUGUGAACCUGUUCUUGUGCGAGACUACAACUCUAUCCUCGUUUUAUUAAAAACAAACGACACUCUCAUACGGAUCAUAAUGGCAGUUGCUGCGGCCCAAAAGAAUCGCGAGAUGUUCGCCAUCAAGAAAUCUUACAGCAUCGAGAACGGUUAUCCAGCACGCCGCCGUUCACUCGUCGAUGAUGCACGCUUCGAAACUUUGGUUGUCAAGCAAACUAAGCAGAGCGUACUCGAAGAGGCGCGUCAAAGAGCGAACGACUCCGAUCCGGAAGUCGCAGCUACCCAAGACCAGCAAGAGAACGACGAACGGUACGUGGACACGUCGUCGAGCGACGACGAACAAUCGGAGACCCUGAGCACCGCGGCGAAAGAAGGAGAAGCCAAGGCAGAAGCUUCGUCGUCUGACAGCGAAGGAAAGCCUGACAUUCACGACGAUUACGGGCUCACGGAGGAAGAGGUAGUUUUGGCGAAGACGAUUUCGGAGUCUCCGGAGUCCGAGACGACGGUGCAGAAGGCCGCGUUGGUGCUGAGGAUGCGAGAGGGGAUCGGGAGUUUGGCGAGGAUCUUGAAGACCGUGGAGAACUUCAAGGGGACGGUGACCCACGUGGAGUCCCGCCCGAGUCGUAAGGAGGGUUUGCAGUUCGACGUGCUCGUCAAGGUCGACAUGACGCGCCAGGCGCUGUUGCAGCUCAUCCGGAACCUCCGGCAGACGUCUUCCCUGGGCGGAGUGACUCUCCUCGCGGACAACUCGGUCAGCAUAAAGGACCCGUGGUUCCCGCGCCACGCCUCCGAGCUGGACAGCUGCAACCACCUGAUGACCAAGUACGAGCCGGACCUGGACAUGAACCACCCUGGUUUCGCGGACAAGGAAUACCGCGCCCGCAGGAAGAUCAUCGCGGAAAUCGCCUUCGCUUACAAGUACGGCGACCCCAUACCCUCGAUCCCUUACACCGAGACCGAGAACGAGACUUGGCUCCGCGUCUUCAACACGGUCGUCGACCUCGUGCCCAAGCACGCCUGCGUCGAGUACCAACGGGUCUUCAAACAGCUCCGCGACGAAAAAAUCUUCGAAGCUCAUCGCAUUCCCCAGCUCCAAGAAGUCAGCGACUUCCUCAGGAGCCAGACGGGAUUCACGCUUCGCCCUGCCGCCGGACUCCUCACCGCUCGCGACUUCCUCUCCAGUCUGGCUUUCCGAGUCUUCCAGAGCACCCAGUACGUCCGUCACAUCAACAGCCCUUAUCACACUCCGGAACCGGACUGCAUUCACGAGCUUCUAGGACACAUGCCCCUCCUCGCCGACCCGAGUUUCGCCCAGUUCUCGCAGGAGAUCGGUUUAGCUUCGCUGGGAGCGUCCGACGCCGAGAUCGAGAAGCUCUCGACGAUUUACUGGUUCACGGUCGAGUUCGGUUUGUGCAAAGAGGGCCAAGAGGUCAAAGCCUACGGAGCUGGCCUGCUGUCCGCCUACGGUGAGCUCCUCCACUCGUUGAGCGACAAAUGCGAGCAUCGAGCCUUCGAUCCGUCGACGACCGCCGUCCAGCCGUACCAGGACCAGGAUUAUCAGCCGAUUUAUUACGUCGCCGAGAGCUUCGACGACGCUAAGGACAAAUUUCGACGUUGGGUAAGCACCAUGAGCCGGCCAUUCGAGGUUCGAUUCAAUCCACACACUCAGCGCGUCGAGGUCCUCGACAGCGUCGAGAGGCUCGAGGGCCUCGUUUCUCAGCUAAACACGGAGAUGACGCACUUAACGAACGCCAUCAACAAAAUUAAGGCCUCCUUCGCGUAAGCUCUCUCUUCUCCCCGCUUUUCUCCUCAUUUUCCGCACAAAUUACGAAAAAUACACGCCCCCAAUGCGUCUCGAGAAACGACCAAACUGUCGUUCGUCACUUUUCCUUUUAUUUCCCUCUGCAACACUGAAAAAAACAAAACAAUAUUCUUCAUUGAAUAGCAGUCGGUGUUAUUGGACUAAUUUUAUUCGUUCGAUUGCUAUUCUUUCGGAGCAAUUUCAUCUGCAGUUGGACCUUAAACUAUUUCAUUCGUUUAAUCAUGUUCAACCUUGCGAUUAUCAAAUUGGCACACCGCAGUCCCACGUUUCGCGUUCCAACAUGCCUCUUUUUCCUCAGCGCAUGAAUAUUUAUUUACACAACCUUGAGAAUUCAUUGAAAAAUUAUCGGUCGGUGGACUCACCGAAGUCCGACACCGAUUGUGACUCCAAAUUCAAUUUGACAGCUUCUUUUCGAAUUUUGGACAAUUCGAAUUUUACUAUUUUUUAAAAAAAGUUACACUUUCUCGAGAUCGACGCACUUGUACACUUACACAUUUGUGAUUUAAUGUCCCACCUUAAUCCCAGGAGGCUUUCUCGUUCGAGAAGUGAUGAAAAAAAAAAAAGAAAGAAAAAAAAAUGAAAAAAAGCACAAGAGCCACGAUGAGGGAAGCAAUUUUAUUAUUAUUUUUAAUUCAACGAUUCAUUCCUCUCUCUCUCUCUCUCUUUUUCUCUUUCGUGGGCUCAGUGAAAAUUGUUUGAAAAGCCAUCGAAGAUAUUUCUCGAUCGAGAAUUAGCGAUUAAUUCAUUUUUGUGCAUCGGGUCAUUUAAUUUGAGUACGAAAAUCCAUGGCUGCCCAAUCGUCUUUAUUGAUUGACAAGAAAACAAUGGUAAAAAAAGAAGAAAAAUAGUAACGCGAAGAAUUAAAUUUAUAAAGUCAUUCAUCCUCGUUAUCGUCGCCUUCGUCGUUCUCACGUCCUGUAAAAAGUCGUCAUUCAUUAUUCGUCGUUGACAGAGUUCCUGCGUAAUUAACGCGACAAAAGUAAUCGUGCAGUCUCGUUCGUUAUUUUGCACGCCAAGUUUUUACCUUUCGUGAAAUAAAGAGUCUUUAUUUCUAUAAAAACUUUGUAUAAAAAUAAAUAAAUAACGAGAAGUGACGACGUCGCUUUACGCAGGCAACAAAUGUCACGGCUUCUACGUUAUUAUUAUUGUAUUUUCAUCACUAUUGUACGUCAUCGUAAUUAUUUUAUUAUUUUAUAUUAAUUAUUAUUUUAUUCGCCCCAUUUAUUAUCGAGUCCCAUUAAAAACGCGAAAUUCGUUCGUCACCUGGCCCGAUAAUCUCCGGAUGUAUUGGGAGGAUAUGAAAAUUCGAAGAAAAACGAGACAAUACCUUUACGAAAGAAAAUGUGUGACAGGUCGAAACGUUUCGUCCGAUCGAUGUUUAAAUUUGAAGAGAUAAAAUGUUGAUUCUCAUGGUAAAAGCUUAGGCAAAAAACUCGAUGAAACGUGAAGCUGAAAAACUUAGUGAAACGUGAAAAAAUAAAUCACGUAGAUUUAGUCCCAAUCGUUUGGCUUCUUCGAUCGUUAUUGUAUAGGUAUUAAAUGUAUAUUCAUAUGUAUAUUACGAUAAAAGAAAAAUAAUAAAUGUAUAACUGUGAUUUGCGCGAUAAUUCCCACAGCAAUAGCGACCGUAAAUAGUGAAAUUUGGAAUUAGUCAUAUUCCGGGAAGAAAAAAAGUGUAAUGGAAGUAGAAAAAAUUACGGGAACGUCGGGCUCGUCCCACUGAUCAAACGGCAUUGCACUACUGUCAAAAAAUACACUCAAUAAUUACAGCUACUUUUCGUUCGUGAUGAAAAAUGAACGAACCAAGAAAAUUCGUGAUUCAAUAGAAUUAGCAAUAAAAUAGUCACAAUUAUGGUGUCGUCGUCUCAACUUUCCCGGUCUUCGCGUUCCGAUGCCUGCGCCUAUUACAUUGUGCACACGCAAUAUUACUUAAUGUCUCUUAGGACCUUUGUCGUUUCGCGAUCCACACGGACACGAAUUGUAUAUGGAAAGAAAUACUGUCGUUUGUAUUAUAUUGUAUAGAUACACCAGCAUAAUAAAAAUCGAGAUACGAA